AUGCUCUUCGGGACUCCAGUAGUGCAAGGAUUGGAGUUUUCCAUUGUGGAAUGGUUUGACAAGAUUAGAUCCUGCCCUCACCAUGAAGUUCAUGCUCUUUUUGCUUCUCUUGCUUGGGCUUGUUGGUAUGCGAGGAAUUUACUUGUCUUUCAGAAUAAAGAACUAUCACAUAUUGAUUGUUUGAGAAUUGCUGAACGUGCUCUCUGGUCUAAACCUAUAUGUGUUGCUGCUCCUCAUCAUUCUGCUCCCACUUUGAGCAACGAAGGGGAAGGUGUUUGCAAAAUUGCUUCGGAUGCUGCUAUGAAGGAGGGUUCGGGUGUUGGGAUUGGAGCUGUUCUGAGGCAAGAGGAAGGCCAGCUGAUGGGUUGUAGGUUUGGUUUUUUGAGAGGAGCUUUUUCAGUGGUGGAGGGGGAAGCGCUUGCUUUGCUUGAAGGUCUUAAACUGUGUAGGGAGAAGGGGGUGCGGGAGGUGAUUGCAGAAACGGAUUGUCAACAACUCUACUGGAUGCUCGCUCGACAUGAUAGAGAUCUUUCCUACCUGGGUGACACCCUCGAAGAAAUUCACCUUUUGAAAGGUUCGUUCCAACGAUUAGCGUUCAGCUGGACGCCACGUGAAGGAAAUUCCACUGCUGAUUCUUUAGCUUCUUUUGCUCUUAAUUCUUUGUGUUGCUUGUCUUCUUUUAAUGUUCUUCCUGUUGCUGUGAACUCUCAUUCUUGA